GUUAUAUCUAAAUAUUCAGUAUCGCUUAUGUCGCUGCCUAAAAGUUAUGAAACAGACAGACAAGUCACCAAAUUAAGAAAAUAUACCAUUUUCUAAUUGCAAUAUGGAUAGUGCAAGUACGUCAGGAAACCCACAUGGAGCAGUACAGCUGGAUGAAAUUCCAGGGCCAUCCAGUAACUUCCAUGUGGACAUGCAACUCAUACCAGCAGCUCAACUGUCCGAAGACCUGGAUGAAUUGCAGGCACUCAAUAUUGGUGUCUUUAACCAGGAGGACUUGGAGCAAGGUGUGAUGCAACAAGUUGAUGAAGCUAUCUCUAAAGAAGAAGAAAAGAAGAAAAAGGAGUCACUGAAAAAGGAUUUGAAGAAAGUAAAUGAUGACAUCAGGUCCCUGAAGCAUGAACUUGCUUCUCUGGCCACCCAGCUGUCUGGGCUGAGGAACAUGUCAACUGGAGGGGCAAACAGACGCUUCAUGUCCGCACAGAAACAGAAGGAAACAAAGACUACAGAAAUGAAGGCAUUGGAAGAGAAGAAAAAAGUGAUCCAAUCGAAGCUAGAUGGCAAACUCCCUCUCUUUGAUGAAAAUGAGAGAGGUUUAAAGACAAUGCUAGCCACAUCUGGAAAUGAAGCCCAGGACAGGAUGAUCAAGACUGGAGAGAUGACACCGUUUGGCACUGUGGUUCCCCAGCAGACUCACCCUUCCAAGGAAUCACAGGGAUUGAAGGAAAAUAAUGCUGGCCAGGGUCCAGAAAAAUAUGUAACUCUUUACGGAAAUAAGUCAGUGGUCAAAGAAGAAGUUAGCUCGUAUGAAGAGGAGAUACAUAGUGAUGGGGAGGAAUGGUUGCCUAGCAACAAACAGGAGGUCGAAAGUGAGGAGAGUGAAGGCGAAAUUCCAGAUGUGAAAACCAAAAACACAGAAGAGCCAAAAAGCAAACAUAAGAAAAAAAAUUCAAAGAACUGGUCAAAGAAAUUCAAUCGGCCGAUAUAUCGUAGUGACAGCGAGGGCUCAGAUGAUGAGGAUCAUACACCCCGGACCAAGGCUAUCAGGAGGUACCGGGAUGAUGGGCUGGAGGAAUACUACCUUGACAGGAUGGAGCAGUUUAAUGACAGUGAGUUGAGCAAGCAGCGGCUGCGAGCAGAGGGUCGUCUCAGUGAAUCGGAGGAUGAUGAAGAGUUUGAUGGAGGAUUGAAGGUCCCAGGUCGCAUAUGGAGCAAGCUGUACAAAUACCAGAAGACAUGUGUAAAGUGGCUAUGGGAGCUACACUGCCAGCAGGCUGGGGGCAUUGUGGGGGAUGAAAUGGGGCUUGGGAAAACCAUCCAGGCAAUUGCAUUCCUCGCCGCCCUUCGACAAUCUAAACUGCGAGACAGGAACUUCAGCUAUGCCGGUCUGGGUCCCACUGUUGUCGUGUGCCCGGCCACAGUGAUGCACCAGUGGGUCCGUGAAUUUCAUACCUGGUGGCCGCCUUUUAGAGUCGCCAUUCUUCACGGCUCAGGCACAUUCGUUGGGAAAGAGACUGAGCUAAUCCAGAGGAUAGUUCGGUGUAACGGUAUCCUGGUGACCUCUUACAGCACCCUGGUCAUACAGCAGGAGGCGCUGUUGGCGUACAACUGGCACUAUGUGGUGCUGGAUGAGGGGCACAAGAUACGAAAUCCUGAUGUGAAGGCAACACUCGUCUGUAAACAGUUCCGGACCCCACAUCGGAUUAUACUGUCAGGUUCGCCCAUCCAGAACAACCUGAAGGAGUUAUGGUCCCUGAUGGACUUUGUGUUCCCAGGCAAGCUUGGGACCCUCCCAGACUUCAUGCAGCACUUUGCUGUCCCGAUUGUACAGGGGGGAUACUCAAACGCUACUGAUGUUCAGGUUCAAGCUGCAUAUAAGUGUGCAUGUGUUUUGCGCGACACCAUAAACCCAUAUCUUCUACGGAGAAUGAAGGCUGAUGUGAAAAUGGCAAUCAACCUGCCGGGGAAAAAUGAACAGGUGUUGUUUUGCCGGCUGUCCAAGGAUCAGAGAGAUGUAUAUGAGGAGUACCUAGCCUCUCGCGAGUGUGGAGAAAUUCUCAGGGGAAGGCUGCUGGUGUUCUCUGGCCUGAUCCAACUGCGUAAAAUCUGUAACCACCCUGACCUGGCCACUGGGGGACCACGAAUAUUCGGGGAAGACAACCCAGUCGGGGACUCCACAAUGGAUUACGGGUACUGGAAGAGGGCAGGGAAAAUGAUUGUAGUGGAUGCUCUCCUUAAACUGUGGAAGAAACAAGGUCAUAGGGCCCUCUUCUUCAGUCAAAGCAAACAGAUGCUGGACAUUAUGGAGAAAUAUGUGCAGGAGAAGGGCUACUCAUAUGUCCGUAUGGACGGGGGAACCGGCAUCUCAUCCAGGCAACCUCUCGUACAGAGAUACAACUCUGAUGAAAGAAUCUAUCUAUUCCUGCUGACAACACGAGUAGGAGGCCUGGGUAUUAACCUUGUAGGGGCGAACCGUAUCAUCAUAUAUGACCCUGACUGGAACCCAAGUACAGACAUGCAGGCACGUGAACGAGCAUGGAGGAUUGGCCAGAAACGACAGGUGACCAUCUACCGUCUCCUUACUACAGGGACCAUUGAGGAGAAAAUAUACCAUAGACAAAUCUUCAAACAGUUCCUGACUAAUCGCGUGCUGAAGGACCCUAAGCAGCGGCGCCUGUUCAAGCAUAAUGACCUGUAUGAGUUGUUCAGCCUUGCAGCCAGUGACGACAAGGGGGAGACAGAGACCUCGGCCAUUUUUGCCGGCACAGGGUCUGACGUCACAGUCAAACUACGGAAGAAAAAUGCUUUUGACAGGAUAAAGGAACAAAAGCUCAUUGAACAACAACAACAGGAGGACUCUAAUGAUGUUGAGAGAGAAACUGAGGCAGACUUGAACUUUAACAAGGAGGAGAUAGAGAGAAUGAGGGACAUGGCGAAAAAACUGAGCAAGAAAAUGGAACAAGAGAAAGUUGCCAGGAUGUUAAAGCCAGAUGAAAAGCAGGGAAGCUCUGAGUCAGGCUCGGAUAGUAAGGGCAAAGAUAAAAAGGCAGCUGGAAAUAAUAAAUCAUGUGGUGCUAAUGUGAACAAAGGUUCAGACGGUUCUAAAGUUGAUAGAGACAAUGUGACAUGUACAUCAACUUCAGGAUUAAGUAAAAGAGAGAAGCUUAAACUGUUUAAAAUUAAGAAGAAACCCAGUUCUGAACAUUUGAAUACAGGUGCUUUACCAGACAAACAGACACAAUUACAAAGACCUGAAGUAUCUGGUAGUGAAUGUGCGAAGGCAGAAAGUUCUGUCUGUGAUACCUCAAAACAUGGGACAUCAUCUCAAAGAAGACAUAGUGAGGAAGGUGGAGAAAAACACAAGAAGAAAAAGAAACAUAAGAAGAAAGAUGCUAGGUUUGAGGGGGAGCGAAUUCCACACCUUCACAAGGUCAGGGCCUACAAGCCCCCCACUGACACAGAGCAGGAGGAGGCGGACAGGGAUGGGGAGGAGAUGGACAACUAUGUGCUGAAAAAACUUUUCAAGAAAACUGAUAUUCAAGGAGCCUUGCACCAUGACAAGGUUAUGGAGCCGGGGAAGGCAGAUUAUGUCAUUGUGGAAGCAGAGGCAGAGAAGGUGGCGCGGGAAGCAAGUAAUGCCCUUAAGAGGUCAAGGUCACAGUGUCUCCCAGCAACCACUGGUGUACCCACAUGGACUGGCCAACAUGGGGGAGCUAAGAGGCCAAGAUUUGGUCAGAAGAAAAGUUCUGUGCUGGCAAGGACGAAUGUGGAGAAACCUGCAUCUCCAGCUAUUAAGGAGGAGAAAGGUGGGGAUUCAUCUGUGAGCCAGCACUUUGACGGUUCUCUGGCAGGCAGUGUACAGACCAGUGUGGAGGCUGGCACCAGUCAGGAGGGCGGGGUCUCCUCAACCGAUCUCCUCAACAAGAUGCGAGUCAGGAAUGAGGUGUUUACGCCUGCAGGGGAAGGAGAUGACGAUGACGAUGCCAGUGCUUAUGUGUCAGAUCCCUCCUCUCUAGAACUUGUUAAAAGAAUGAGAGAGUUUAUAAUGUUUGAGUGCUCAAAGUUUGGUCAGGCAUUUACAAAAGAACUUCUGGAUGAGUUUGGACCAAAAUUACCUCCAGAGAAUUCAGCCAAGUUCCGAGCUCUGUUGCACAGUAUCUGUGAUUUUGACAAGAGUGUUGGUGUGUGGAAACUGAGGCAGGAUUUUAGGUGAAUGGAAGUUAUUUGGUUUUAGGUUGCUCUUUUUCCCAUUUAAAACCUUAUUGCAUAUCAGGGGAAAUUAUUCAGGUAUCUCAUUGCAAUUCUUAAAUACAAUGUCUUUGUAUUACUGUAUUAAGCAAACUGUUUUCUUGAAUGUUUUAUUUCUUUAUCAUUUUUAUUUCUUUAACUUUUUUAUUUCUUUAACAUUCAUUUUUGAUAUUGUCCUCAGGUUAUCUUAUUCAAACUUUCUUUUUUGUUUUGUUUCAUAUUAUUGCUAUACAGACAACAGGUAUUGCCAGUGAACAUAGUAGCAGACUUCUAAUAAAGAAGGAAAAUACCA